AUGGAGGAUACUAUCUCAUCGCCAUAUCCUGCCAGGAUGGUUACCUUUCUGGUCCAAGGGACACCAGUUACCCUUUCCGAAGACAUAAUACUAGAUAAAUGCCCGUACAGCAAACUUGCUGAUAUUGCUAGUUACAGUCUCCCGGGCGAGACUGCGACGAUCGACUGUCCCCUCGAUGAUUUCAAUGCACUGAUCGAAUAUCUAAAAACUGGGGAAAUAGACGAUAGCGAUGAAGGCAAACUUGACCAGCUUCUCAAGACCUUUCGGGCGAUGGAAGUUCCAAUCCCGGAACACUUGAAAUUCAAACUUAUGUCAAGAAAUCCAUCAGUUAGCUCUCCAAGCACGGCUGCUGGCCCUUCACACUCUUCUGCUUCUCCAGAUUCAAGACCUCCCACUUAUGAAUCCGUAGCACCUUUCGGGAGUUCUACGACAUACAGUGGCUCUAUUGGUUUUGGGAAGAUCCAGGCUGAUCCAUUGACGAUCCAGCAGAAAAUUGCUUUGGCCGUAGAAGACAGACUUACGAACUUGCUUAUGGAGCAUAUUCUACCUCUUGUAGAAGGCCAAGCUACGUCUGGUAUCUAUAAUGGGGCUUUCAUUCUCGUACCAUCCAAUAGUGUCACCCUCCAGAACCAAAACCGACAGGCACCGUAUUCUAGUGAAUACGAUACUAGUCCACAAAUAGCGCCACCUGAUGACCAAAUCAUCAGCCUUUCAACAUCGAAUAUCUCACAAUUCAGCUAUAUGAAACUUGUUCGGCUGCAGGGCCUUGGAAAUACUGUUCAGUUCUUGACGCAGAGACAGGUCAUCGAAGAACUCACGAAGCAGCUAAAAGCCCGCCUACAGCUUCCUGACCCACCACCACCCCCACCACCGGUCAUCCCUCAGCCAGUAUCGCCACCUCCACAGAAGAAGUCAAGAUGGGGUUGGGGAAGGUCGUCGUCGCAGCCGGUUGUUGAGACUGUUCCGGUGGCACCCAUUCUACCCCCACCUGUUCCCAAAGGUCCCAUUGAUAUCCGUAUCGAGGAAGUUAGCAUGAGGAGUAUGAAUUAUAUGGGCAUAUAUGAAACUACAACGGGAACGGUUUUGGUUGUCGAAAUGUUCCUUUGA